AUGCCGCCCCCGAACGCCGCGGGUGACGACGAAUGGACAACCAUCAAGCCCAAAAACAACCGCCGCCGGCGUAACAACAACAGCAGCAGCAACCUUGGUCACGACGCCAGAAAUGCCUCUCGCAGUGCACUAGCUGCCGCGAAGGAGGCACUCCCGCCGGGCACGGCGCGGCCAGACGGCCCCGUCCGGAGCGUCUCCUCCAUCGAGGCCGAGUACCGCACGCUGCGCGAGACCUUUGAAGCGUCCUCCUGCUGCGCGUCCCUUCGCGCGCUGGCUGGGCGCAUCGCCGCCGCCGCCGCAGGACAUAAACGGAGAAGAAAAAGCAGCAGCAGCAGCAGCAGAGGUGAUGAUAACGAGGAAGAUGAGGCAGAACCGGCGCCGCCCGUAACCAAGGCCGUGUGCCUCGGCAUCGGCACGUUCGACCCCCCCGACGGCGGGUGGGAGCCCAAGCGGCGCACCUUUCUGCAACUCAUUGCCUUUCUCAUCCUCGUCGAGGAGCUCGAGCGUCUCACGCGCACCACCAUCCCGUGCCUCUUCCAGGAACCCAUCUUCUCCGCCUCGGACGCCGCCUUCCUCACCGCCUCGCUGGGCCACUCCGUCGUGGAGCACCCGCGCGGGUGCCACGCCGUGGACCGCCGCGCGCUGCUCUACGGGGUGCACCUCUACCGCCCCAUCUACGCGCUGGCCCUGGCCGGCGGCGGCGGCGCCGGCGGCGGGAGGGAAACCCGUGCGUACGAGGACCUGCCCGCCGUGUUUGUCGGCACGGGCUGGGACGUCUGGGACGCAGUCGCGCUUGGCCAGCCCGGCGGAGGAGGAGGAGGAGACGGUGAGGACGGUCAGGACGGCGACAACGAUGACGGCUUCAUGCGCCGGCUGCGCGUCAUGGAGGACACGUACGAGCGCGCCGACUUCCCGCAGGAUGACCCGGCCCACGGCACUGCGUUUUCGAGCACGAGCGUGUACUGGCGGAGAGGAGCAGUAAGGGGAGGAGAUCCCGAGCGGACGGGCCUGGAUGACGGCGGCGGCGAUGGCAGCCGACGAGGAGAAAAGGGAGGCGACGGAGGGGGCGCGGGAACUGGGCACGGAGGAGAGGGAGCGAGUGACGGGCCAGGGGGCCUGGCUGCACAGCUAGGCGCCGUUACAAUAUCAUGA